GCUGUGAUUGGCCGGCGGGCGGAGGCGCUCUAUAAAGCGGUCCUGGCGCGGGGGCUCGCUUCAGACGGCGGCGCUAGCGGGCAGCGCGCGGGCUGGGGGCCGGCGGCGCGCGGGCUGGGGGCCGGCGGCGCCAUGGAGUUCCGGCUGGAGGCGCAUCGCAUCGUCAGCAUCUCGCUGGGCAAGAUCUACAGCGCGCGGGGCCAGCGCGGCGGCCUCAAGCUGCACAAGAACCUGCUGGUGUCGCUGGUGCUGCGCAGCGCCCGCCGGGUCUACCUGGGCGAGCCCGGCGGCGAGUGCGCCCUGCCGCCCCGCCCGAGGCCGCCGCCGCCGCCGGACUGCGAGAGGCUGCGGCGGGGCUGCCGCCCGCUGGGCUCGGAGGCGGCGGCGCGGGGCCGGGCGGAGUGCCCGGCCGAGUCCCCUCGCAAGCGGAGCGCCGCCGAGCGGGGCCAGGCGGCGGGCUUCCCGGGGAAGAAGCCGCGGCGUGAGGCGGAGCCGCCCCCGCCGCAGGAGGACAUGGAGACCGGCAACGUGGCCAGCCUCAUCAGCAUCUUCGGCUCCGGCUUCUCGGGGCUGCUGGGCAAGGAGCGUGGCGCGGCGGAGGCGAGCGAGCCGGGGCAGGUCUGCUGCGAGCAGCCGGUGCUGCGGAGCCUCAACCCCUGGAGCACGGCCAUCGUGGCCUUCUGAGCCCCCCGCGGCCUGGCCGCUCUGCGCGGCCGCCCCUGCCCCGCGGCACCGACGGGCGGAGGCCCGGGCCUGGCUUCCCUCGGAGCAGGCGGGAAGCUCUGAGCGGCGCUGGGGACUUCCGGGCCUUGCCCCGCAGCCCCGGGAACUGACCGGGCAGCCGCAGCCCUUCGCUUCUCCCUGCCCCGCACACGGACAUGCCGCGAUCUUCUUUCCCACGAGGGCUUUGCCGGUGCGACUCCCAUGCGGCGCCUUUCCUGCCGGAAAUCCCCUUUCAUGUCUCCCCACCCCGGACAUCCUGCCCGCAGGGUGAAAUCUUCCACAGGCUGUUUCCAUCCUCAACAUUUGGAGCCCUCCCCCAGAUAACACUUUAAGCUGGGAAAGAGUGAAGUUGAUUGGAGGCUUAUGUUUUGACAAGCUGGAAGUCGGAACUCUUACAUGGUGCUUUAAAAUGAUUAACGCAGUGAACAAAAAGUUUACAGACUGACAAAGUCACUGCUCCUUUUGGAGUAGGCUUGGUCACUCCUGGCCUUUGUUCUAUAAAGGCUUGGGGAUGUGCUGGGGCUCUUGUACAGUAUUCUCUUCUCCGCUGAUGUGUUUUUUGUUUUUGUAGAAAUGUAACUCUACGUGUAUAACACGUAUUAAAUAUUUUGCAGCUGUU